AUGAAGUGGACGAGAUUGUCUCUCGCUACGGCCUCCCUCUUCGGCCUCGCUGUCGCCGGAUCAAAGAACAAGAUCCAGAUCGGCCAACAAGUCAUCUACUCGUACCCCGGCGAAACGCCGCCGGAGCACCUCUUCGAUCUCAUCAGGGCAGGCCAAGUGGGCGGGCUCAUCCUCUUCGGCGAGAACGUCAACGAUGAGCUCCCCGCGACCAUCGAACAGUUCCUCUCGGCCUACCGCGAGAGCCCGGCCUACGCCGACCUCAAGACGCCCUUCCUGAUCAUGACCGACCAGGAGGGCGGCCAGGUCCGCCGUCUGCCCGGCGCGCCCGUGGAGUCGGCGAAGGAGGUGGGCGAGUCGGCGGACCCAGUCGCGGCCGCGGGCCGGGCGGGCGCCGGCGCGGCGGAGACGCUGCUCCGGUACAACAUGAACGCGAACCUCGCGCCCGUCCUGGACGUCUACCGGGAGGAGGGCGACUUCACGGACAAUUACGAGCGGUCGUUCAGCAACGACGCGACGGUGGUGGCCGGGUGCGCGGCGCAGUUCGUCCGGGACCAGCAGCGCGCCAAGGUCCUCGCGACGGCGAAGCACUUCCCCGGCCUGGGCGCCGCCAAGAAGGACGAGAACACGGAUGCGCGCCCCGUCACCAUCGACCUGACGCUGGAGGAGAUCCGCGCGGUCGACGAGGUCCCCUAUCACGACGCGAUCGGCGCCGGCAUCGCCAUGAUCAUGCCGUCCUGGGCCAUCUACCCGGCCUUUGACGCCGAGCGGCCGGCCGGGCUGAGCUCACGCUGGAUACGAGACGAGCUGCGCGGAAGGCUGGGCUUCGACGGCGUCAUUGUCACCGACGCGAUCGAGGCCGGGUCCCUGAAGGCGUUUGGCGACGACGCCGAUCGGGCGUUGCUGGCCAAGAAGGCUGGCGUGGAUCUGAUUCUUGCGUCGGGGAGGAAUGUGACUCAGGGGGAGAGCAUCGUUUCUGCGUUGGCCGCCGCGCUGGAGAAUGGAGACCUGUCGCAGCAAGAGUUGGACGCGUCGGACAAGAGGGUACAGGCGGCCCGGGCGAAGCUCGCAUAG